UCCCGCCUCACCGGGAGCUUGAUCCCUGGGGAUCCAGUUCCCAAGGUUGCCAACAGGCUGGUGGCUCACCCCCCUGCCCUCCCUGCUCCCCCCUGGUUCACGUUCUCCUGUGGGAAGGAGCAGGAUGGCCGGUUUGGAGCCCUACCUGCGGCAGCCCUGGCGCAUGGUCCACGGCGUCCCCAUGGUCAACGCCUUCGCCCUCAACUGGGAGCGGAUUGACAACUUUCAGAGCCGCCCCGAGGACAUCGUGGUGGUCACCUUCCCCAAAUCCGGCACCACCUGGGUCACUGAGAUCGUGGACAUGAUCCUGCAAGGUGGCAACCCUGAGAAGUGCAAGAGGGACAUCAUCAGCAACAGGGUGCCCAUGCUGGAGUUCGCUGCCCACGGGAAGAUGCCGGCAGGCACGGAGCAGCUGGAGGCCAUGGCGUCCCCUCGCAUCAUCAAGACCCACAUCCCAGCUCACAUCUUGCCCAAAUCCUUCUGGGAAAAGGGCUGCAAGAUGAUCUACGUGGGGCGCAAUGCCAAGGAUGUGGCUGUCUCCUUCUACCACUUUGACCUGAUGAAUCAGUUCCACCCUCACCCAGGGACGUGGGCCCAGUACCUGGAGGAGUUCAUGGCCGGCAGAGUGGCAUUUGGUUCCUGGUAUGACCAUGUCAAGGGCUACUGGGAGCGGAGGAAGGACCACCCCAUCCUCUACCUCUUCUAUGAGGACUUGAAGGAGGACCUCCGCCGGGAGGUUGCCAAGGUGGCCCAGUUCUUGGGGCAGGAGCUGUCGGAGGCAGCGCUGGAUGCCGUCACCCGACACACCUCCUUUGAGGCCAUGCGGGACAACCCCACCACCAACUACAGCAUGGUGCCCUCCCAAUUCAUGGACCACAGCAUCUCCCCCUUCAUGCGCAAAGGCACCACCGGCGACUGGAAGAACCACUUCACUGUGGCCCAGAGCGAGCGCUUCGACCAGGACUAUGCGCAGAAGAUGUCAGGCACCGACCUGCGCUUCCGCACCCAGAUUUGAGGAGGCACCGCCAGAUGCCCCCCAAAUCCACCCCACGCUGAUGACACUGCCACUGCACUUGGUGGGGAGGAAGUGGGGGGGCUCUUUCCCCUUCCCUGGGACUUCUGGAGAGAAAUAAAAUGUCCUCCCUAACCCCCAA